AUGCAGCUCUCUCAACUCCUCAUCAUCGCCUCCCUCUUCUUCGACGCCAGCCUCGCCUGCGGCGGAUUCAAUGUCUGCGGCUGCUUCGACGAGCACAACCACAUGAUGUGCACCGAGGACCUUCCGUCUCCCUUGGAGGAGACUGAUUGCAACGAUUGUCUCUCAUCUUCGGCUGCGAUCCAGAUGGUUACUGCUGAGAUGUGUUGUUACCCUACAACCUUUGAUGCGAGACUACACGGCAGUGCAAACGGGCUGGACCGAGCGUUGACGGCGGGUGGAAAGGGAAAUCAAGUCUUUCUCUUCUACGUCUCUGCGAGGUUUGGUGACGGAUCGAGGCAGGCGAAGACUAGGGUGCACCUCGAGCUACUCGAAGCAGAUUAG